GCCAGCAUCGCGAUACUUGGCUGACAGUUGCCGUAUGGACAACGCUUCGACCGCAAGUUGGGAGAAUGUCGUGUCGGAAAAAGAGGACCGCUGAGGAGGGAAAUUCCCCAGUAGGUAAUUGCUGGCUGGCUGCAUUGGCGCUUCUUCUCCUGGCCAACUUGUCCAACUUGGCCGACGCACUGAAGGACGGGGAAUCCAUCCAGCUGCCACCGGGCAACCCAUCACUGAACAUAAAAAAUGUGGACAGCAGCCUGGAGCAGCUCAUCGAAAUGCGGCUGAAUGAGUCAGAGUCCUCAUCCGUCCAGGACAGACACUCGCAUUCGCAAUCGCAGGCACUGUUGUCCCGGAAACGACGCUAUUUGGUAUUUCCGGAGGGCAGCUCCUUUCAGAUGGUGUACGAUGAAAUUGUGGGAGUGGUGGACCACACGAACUACUUGAUUCUGGGCAUCACGGUGGCUUUGGCCUGGGAGCUGCCGAGUAAGCCGCCCAGCGAGGAGCUGGACGAUCUGCUGACCAAGUUGGAGGACGGAACCUUAGAUAUCAGUCGCAACGACACCGUGUCGAACAUAACCUAUGUGGAUGACGCCUCUGCGACGACGACGACGAGCAAGCCUCCGGACUACAAGCCCAACUACAUUAACUUGUCGAGCUACCAGGGCUACCAGGGUGGCAGCAACUCCUACUACAGCUCGUCGCCCGUCUUCCGGACACCGAUGCAUCCGUCUCAUCAAUAUGCGGACAGAUAUUACUCCCGUCCGAAGGGGGGCAGGCGCAAGGACAACCACUACUACUACAGCCGCCCGGGGGUCUCUUCCAGCAAUCCGUUUUCCAAGUGGGCCAAGCCCUACACUCCCGCCCAGAACUCACGCUAUCCCUACUGGGCCCUCAACUCAAGAAUGAAGGAUCGCUACUACGGGUACAAGAGCCAGCAGGCGGCACCACCGGUGGCGCAGCGAAGACAGGACAGCAGCACCACCACAACCACCACUAGUCGACCCACUCGGAAGCCAGCUCCCCGUCACCAUCACAUAUAUCCGGUGUUUGGUAAGCGCAGCAUUCCGGAUGCAACCAAUCCGCUUAAACGUCAGCGGCGCAGUGGAGUGGCCACCGAGCACGAGGACAAAAUCAGUCGCCUGGAGCAGCUCCAGAUCAGACACCACCGCAGAAGCCGUCAGUCCUUGUACGAACGAGUCGAAAAGUAUCUGGACAAACGAGGUCACCAUGGCCACCACUGCGUUCUGCGUACCCUCUGCGAAACGGGUCAGAAAUCGCAAGAGGAGGAGCCCGGCACCUUCGUGGGCGAAUUGAUGCGUGCGGUGUUCACCCUUCCGGAAGCCAUGGACAACGAACCGGUUGCCUAUCGCGACACCCACUACGACAAGGCGCACGCCGCCCAGCAGGACUGCGCCACCCUCUACCCAGAGUGCAAGCAGUCCAUGUGGCAGGCCCAGUUCAUUCAAUAAACACCCAUUCCCCAAGUCUG